UGGGCGGCCCCCGGGCGUGGGCGGGGCGCCCAGCGAGAGGCGGAAGGACUCGGCUCGCCGGCCGCCCCGGCGCAAAGCGGUUUCCUUCCCUCGCGCAGCGGCGCCCCCGCCGAGCCCCCAAGUCCCGAGCCGGAGCCCCCAGCCCCGCGGGCGCCAUGCGGGAGCAGCUGCUGUUGUUUUGCAACUGGAGCACGCUGGGCGUGUGCGCCGCGCUCAAGCUGCCGCAGAUCGCCGCGGUGCUGGCGGCGCGCAGCGCGCGGGGCAUCAGCCUCCCAAGUUUACUUCUGGAGCUGGCGGGUUUCCUGGUGUUUCUCCGGUACCAGUGUUACUAUGAGUACCCGCUGCUCACCUACCUGGAGUACCCCGUUCUCAUUGCACAAGAUGCCCUCCUCCUGCUGUGCGUCUUCCAUUUCAAUGGGAACGUGAAAGGGGCAGCACCCUACCUCGCUGUAUUCGUGGCCUCGUGGUUCGUCCUCCCCCUGCAGAAGUGGAUCAUAGACCUGGCCAUGAAUCUAAGUACUUUCAUCAGCACGGCCAGCAAGUUUGCUCAGCUCCAGUACCUGUGGAAGACCAGGGACUCGGGAGCCGUGAGCGCCCUGACCUGGAGCCUCGCUUCGUACACCUGUGCGACAAGAAUAAUAACAACUUUAAUGACCACGAGUGACCUUACAAGGGGAAAAUACUUGGAUGGACCUAAGAAGAAUUUAGCUAAUUCCUUAGGCUGUUUUCCACUCCCAAGUUGAGCAUAUAUAUUUUUGGGGAAAAUGAUCAAAACUAAUCGUGUCACCUAUUCUGUGAAGACUAGGAACAUGUCCCUGGCACAUAGACCCUCUAAGUAAGCGAAUUGUUAUUUGAGAAAUACUGCUACAGAGCAGUGGGUGCAUAUGCUGGUCCCUUUGCAGAGGCUUAUCUUAGGGUCAAACACCUCCCAGGGCUCCGAGAGAAGCAUUAAAACUAUUCUGGUCAAAGCCUGAACUUGGGUCAGGUGGGGAAAGGGAGAGACAGGUCUCAGUCUUCUCCACAGGAUCCGAAGGACUCUCUGUAUGGGAAGAAGAGUCAAACUGUAAUUAACCAACAAAACAAACCCACAUAUUUAAAAGUUGGAAAGAUUGAGAAUGUUCUAGUUGCAAUUUGCUUUGUAUUUAAAGUGACACCUGUUCUGAAAGUGAUCAGUGUAUCUGUGGAUCUUUUAAAGACAGUUCAGCUGAUACCUUGCGUGUUUUACAACCACAGAGAUACAUUAAAUCUGAUAAAUCUUAUCAGAAGAGUGUUCAUCAGGUCACUUAUGGUCAAGUUUUCCCCCCCAGAAAUAUUCAGAACCAAAGUUGUUCAAAACCUCUCGUGAUGUGGAGUUCCAAGUUUCGUUGGCAGGCUGAGGGGCAGCUAAGUAGGUUUCUACUUAGAGCAGGAGGUGAUUUUGUUUUAGGACGGGAGAACAGUACUUGUUAAUACAUACUUUUUCUUUUUGAUUA